AUGAAGAACUCUCUCAUUGCUCUUACUCUCAUCGGUGCCGCGGCUGCCCGCCCGGCUACCCUCAAGACCAAGCGUGAGGUUCCCCAGGAACACGCUCACCGCAACGUCAUCAUUGCCGUCAACGAUUUGUUGUUCCAGAACAACCCAGACGACAUUCAGGAUGGUGUCUUUGCCCUCCUCGGAGCUGCUGCUGCCGCUGACGGUGCUGGAGACAUCGCUGAUGCCGACUGCCUCCAGCAAGCCGUAGCUGACCAGGCUUUCACCAACGCCAAGGAGGCCGGUGAUGUCGAGGGCAUGACCAUGGCUCUCAUCUACCGUGCUCUGGAACGCAACACAGGCUCUGUCGGCCUGGCUUCCGUUCCCUGCGAGUCCAUCCAGGCUGUCAACCCUGAGAUUGCUGCGCUUCAGCAGCACCAGGAUCCUGCCAGUGACGGAGCUGCAGAGCUCAACAAGGGAAUUGCUGAAGAGCUUGCUCGCCAGAUUGCCGCUGUCGGUGGAGACCCAUUGAUGGCCAACGAGGCAUCGACUUUCGCCCCUGGCGAGAUCGGCGACCCAACCGGUGCCGGCAACACUUGCGACGACGAGAACGAUGAUGCGGGAUGCAUCAACACCCAGAACCUCCGUGUCGAUGACCUCACUGAAGAUGAGAUCGCCGCUGCGGUCGCUGGUGUCAGUGGAGCUGCUGCUGGCAACAGCACUGCCUCCGCUGGUAACGCUACCGACAAUGCUGCUGCCAACGUCGGUAACGCCAACAACAAUGCCAAUGCGGGCAACAACAACGCCGCUGCUGGUAACGCUGCCGCUGACAACAACGCUGCUUCUGGUAACAACGCCUCUGCCGGUAACAACGCUGCUGCCGGUAACAACGCUGCUGCCGGUGACGCUGCUUCCGGCGCGGGUGCCGCCUCAUUCGGCGGCUGCGACCCUACCAUCACCUUUGGUCUUCCCUCGGACGGCCGUCAGGAGGAGGCCUUCGAGCCCACUGAUCUCGCCACUUUCAACCACGGCUCAGCUCAGAAGAUUGACAUCAUCUCCCAGUUCAUCUGCUCCCAGAUGUCCAACAAGUGCGAUGUAGACGCUGCGGCUGUCAGCACCUGCGAUGAUGCUGCAGCUGCUGCUUCGGGCCUCACAGGCCAGGCUGCUGCCGAUGCUUUCAACUCUGGUCUUGGUUUGUAG